CGGAAGCUCCAAGGCUAGUGUAGUCGAUUUCAGAGCAGAGGAUUGACAGGUUCAGCUGGAUGACGGAAGUUGUUCUGCAUCCUUCUCAUCCGUAAACUUAUGGGUAAGCCAUAGGCUGAGACUCCCUAAGGAUGAGGAGUUGAAGAAUAACUGGACUCCAUGGGAACACAGUACUGCCUCUGCUGUUAUGUCCUCCAUCUGUGUUUCAACAUCCACGGGUUUUAGUGGUGGUGGAAGUGAUGCCGUAGCGACCAUGGCAUUGCAGGCAUCAGAACAGGUCCUUUUGGCGUCUGACCGCUAUGCCAGGCUCAUUCUGGCACAGAUGAACAAAAUGCGGCACCGCACCGACUUCUGUGACGUGCGUCUGAACGUCGGCGGCCAAAUGUUCACGGUUCACAGGCUGGUGCUCGCGGCAAGCAGCCCCUAUUUCUCUGCUUUGUUUUCUGGUGGGAUGAGGGAAGCGGAUAAAGAAGAGGUGCAGAUCAUGGGCGUGGAGACUGAAGUCUUUGAAGUGCUGCUCGACUUUAUAUACACAGGUUUGAUUAUAGUAACAGUUGAAAAUGUUCAGGAGCUCAUGAUUGCUGCUGACAUGCUGCAGCUGAACGAGGUGGUGUCUGUCUGCGGGGAGUUCCUCAAGGGCCACAUGGACCCGUCCAACUGUGUGGGCAUCUUCCAGUUCUUGGAGCAGAUCGCCUGCUUGGACAUGCUGGAGUUCACUGAGAAUUACAUACACGUCCACUUUCUUGAGGUUUGCGUUACUGAAGAGUUUAGGGGCCUCUCCAAGGAUCAGUUGGUCAAACUGCUACGAAGUGAAGAGCUCAGAAUCGAGGACGAGUAUCAGGUCUUCACUGCAGCCAUGGACUGGGUUCUCCAUGAUGUACCAAAGAGGAAGAAAAAUGUUGUGGAAGUGCUGGAACCGGUCCGCUUUCCUCUUCUAUCCCCACAGAGACUUUUUAAAUACAUAGAAGGCAUUACCGACUUUAGCCUGCGGGUGGCACUGCAAACGCUGCUCAAGGAAUACACGGAAGUCACCAAGUGUCCCAAGGAAAACAAAGUGUUCAGUCAACUACAACCUGCAAAGAUGAGACCCAGAAGAAAAGCCAGGAAAUACCUCUAUGCUAUAGGAGGUUAUACUCGAUUACAAGGGGGCCGUUGGAGUGACAGUCGGGCUCUGAGCUGCGUAGAACGCUUUGACACCUUCAACCAGUACUGGACGACAGUAUCGUCUUUGCACCAGGCCCGCAGUGGUGUCGGGGUAGCUGUCUUGGAGGGUAUGAUAUACGUAGUCGGAGGGGAGAAAGACUCCAUGAUAUUUGACUGCACGGAGAGAUACGACCCCGUGACAAAACAGUGGGCUGCUGUCGCAUCUCUGAACUAUCCUCGCUGCGGAGUUGGAGUCUGUCCCUGCCAUGGAGCCCUGUAUGCACUUGGAGGUUGGAUUGGCUCCGAGAUCGGAAAGACAAUGGAACGCUACGAUCCGGAAGAGAACAAGUGGGAGGUCAUCGGCAGCAUGGCGGUUCCUCGUUACUACUUCGGAUGCUGUGAGCUACAAGGCUUCAUAUAUGUGAUCGGAGGCAUCAGUGACGAAGGGAUGGAGCUGCGAUCCGCGGAGGUGUAUGACCCCAUGUCCCGCCGGUGGAGCGCGCUGCCAGUCAUGGUGACACGUCGGGCCUACGUGGGCGUGGCCUGCCUCAAUAACUGCAUCUAUGCGGUGGGUGGCUGGAAUGAGGCACUGGGUGCACUGGAGACAGUGGAGAAAUACUGUCCGGAAGAGGAGAAAUGGAUGGAAGUGGCCCCCAUGUCGACCGCACGCGCAGGCAUGUCAGUGUCAGCGGUUAACGGGCUGCUUUAUGCAGUCGGAGGCAGGGCUGCCAGCAGAGACUUUUCUGCCCCGGUCACAGUUGACUCUGUGGAAAUCUAUGACCCUCACCUGGACACGUGGACUGAGGUCAGCAACAUGAUCACCAGCCGCUGUGAUGGAGGUCUGGCGGUGCUUUGACAGGCACAAUUUAAAAACAAAUGUUCCGAUUCAGACGAGUAAACCCAAGUCAUCGCAUUGUUCAAACAUGAAUUACGCUCGUCUGUCAUUUCUGUCAUUUCCUUGUCCCAUCUUACAGUGUCUAAGAGGGAUAACUCAUCAUGGUUUAUUAAUAGUUUUUAAUGAAGUCAUAAUUAUUAGACUUCACACUCACCAGGUUUUAGUUUCAUGUAAACAAUAUAUUUUUGAAAAAGUCAUACUGUUACAUUCAAGAUGUAUACUGAUACCUGGAAACUAACCGUUGCCACUGUUAGACGUGCGCCUUGGUUGGUUUUUUUUUUUCUCUGUGUGAAUACUAAGGCUAAGAUAUGACAGCCCUGUUCUUGAAUUUUUAUUUAACUUUUAUAUCCAAUGUACUGUAUGUUUGAGGUGUGUGCGUAGCUACUAGAAAUGUGUAACACAACAACAAAAAAGACACUCAACUGCACACUAUCACUGUUUCUACACCAGCUCUUUGAUAACCCAUUUCCCACUGGUUUGGUUUGGUACCCACAAUACUUUGUCAUGUACAACCAAAUAAAUACAUCUGAUAUUU